GCUGUGGGUCCUGCAGGGCUUCACGCGGCGCAUCCACGUCUCGCUGGACCAAGGUGAGAGCUGGAGCAUGGCACAGCUGCCCUCCGUCGGCCACGAGCAGUUCUACUCCAUCCUGGCAGCCAACGACGACCUGGUGUUCAUGCAUGUGGAUGAGCCGGGCGACACCGGCUAUGGCACCAUCUACACAUCAGACGACCGUGGCGUGGUGUUCUCCAAGUCCUUGGAACGUCACCUCUACACCACAACCGGCGGGGAGACCGACUUCACCAACGUCACAUCACUGCGUGGCAUCUACAUCACCAGCGU